CCGCCUCCUCUCCCCACUGUCAAAGCCCCUGUCAAGCGUCAACAUCAUCUCUCUUAUCCACCUCACUUUGCUAACAUCGCAGAGACUAUACAUACGAAAUGGCUGCCAACGCCAGAUAUGAGCCUGCUCCGCAGCGCGACUCCUUCGAAGAGCGUGCCUACACCCAGCCCCCGCCGUCUUAUCAGGCAACGGCCGAGUACCCACAAGCGCCACGCAGUGAGGACGACAAUGUCCCGGAUGACUUCAAGUUCGGUGGUACUGUCGCAGAGGGCACCCUGCCCAUCCGGAUGCAGUUCAUCCGCAAGGUCUAUGCGAUCCUAACCGCCCAACUCCUCCUCACGACUAUAAUGAGCUCCAUCUCCUUCUUCAGCCCCAACUACCGCGCCUGGAUCCAGACCAACUCCUGGCUCAUGUUCGUCUCCGUCUUUGGCGCCCUCGGCUUCAUGCUCGUCACGUACUGGAAGCGCAAAUCCUACCCGGCCAAUCUCCUCUUCCUCUCAGGAUUCACCCUUCUGGAAGCCUACUCCAUCAGCGUCGUCACCUCCUUCUACAGCGCGCGCAUCGUGAUCCAAGCCCUCAUCCUGACCCUGGGUCUGUUCGUCGCCCUCACUCUCUUCGCCUGCCAGACCAAGUACGACUUCACCAGCUGGAUGCCCUAUCUCUUCGGGAGCCUGUGGUUCCUGAUCCUCUUUGGAUUCGUUGCCGUGUUCUUCCCGGCCAACAGCACCGUCGAGCUCAUCUACAGUGGUCUGGCGGCGUUGAUCUUCUCGGGCUACAUUCUGGUCGAUACGCAGCUGGUGAUGAGACAUUACCAUGUCGAGGAGGAGAUCGCGGCCUCGAUCUCCCUGUACCUGGACAUUCUGAAUCUGUUCUUGGCUAUUCUGCGCAUCUUGAAUAACCAGAGCAACAACUAGUGAUAGCAGUGGUGACGUGGCCAAAUUGUGUCUGGUAAGUUGAUGAGGGGGGUCGAGAUGACAUUCGGUACGAUGAAUAUCUUGACUGCUUGCUUGUAUGCGUAAUGAUAUCGAUUGUUCAUUAGGUUAGGUAGUUUAGCUUAGCUCUUGUUUAUUCUGCUCAUCUUUUCCUUUUAACCUCAGAACUUCAGAUCCACUCAGCUUUGUUCUUACAUUCAUCAAUAAACAGUAUAUCAUCUAUGCUUAA